AUGGACGCGGCCAUCAGCCGCAAGCGUUCGCGGCUCGCCCUGGACAACGACAACGACGAUGCUGACUGGACGCCGCCCCUGCCGUCGCCCGCCGCCGACAGCGCGGGCGACACGCUCAAGCGCUCGCGCACGCAGAGCGAGCUGGAGGAGCUCGCUGUCAUACCGCCGGACGAGGCGUGGACCGUCGACGUCGCCGGCAUCCUCGCGUCCAACACGCUGGCAGCCCCGCCUGGGAGCCGCCUCCGCCCGCACAGCAACGCAGACAGGCAUUGCAGCGGCUCCAUACUCGUGCUGUGCGUCCAGGGCAACGUGCAGCUGCACUACGACCUGCUUUGCUCGAUGCUGCCACAGCUCUACUCCCUCUCGCCCAGUCUGCAAGCCCUGGUGCUCUGCCGCGACCCCUCCUCCCACGUCCCCUCGGCCGCUGCUACCUUGUCGCUGCCCCUGGUCCAGGCCGUGGGCCAUGGCUACAACCACUUCGUGCGCCUCGGCCUGCUGCACCCCCUCGGCGGCGGCGAGCAUCCGCUGGACGCCCUCGUUGUCGUAGAUGGGCGAGCGCGCCGACGGCUGGUGCUGCCUUUCGGCUGGGGUGCGGGCAAGCACGCUGUCACGCCUGCCGGGCGCAUCGUGCAGGCGCACUUGGCGAGCCUCUUGACGUCGUGCGUGGAGACGCUGGCACGGGAGUGA